UGUUUGUGUCAUGUGGUCCACACUCCUUACCAGUUAGUGGCGGUAAUGCUCACCUAACGUUUUAUGCCAACCGCCAAUAAAAUUUCAAAAAGAAGAAGAAGAGGAAGCCUGCAUCAUUCGCUGACGGAGCCAGGAGGAACCGACCAGAAGAACAGUAAAAAAAAAAUGGCGUUCACAUUCGCGGCCUUUUGUUACAUGCUCGCCCUGCUGCUCACGGCGGCGCUUAUCUUUUUUGCUAUUUGGCAUAUAAUUGCAUUUGAUGAGCUGAAGACUGACUACAAGAAUCCUAUAGAUCAAUGUAACACUUUAAAUCCGCUGGUGCUGCCAGAGUAUCUCAUCCAUUUCUUUUUCUGCGUGAUGUUUCUGUGUGCGGCCGAGUGGCUCACCCUCUUCCUCAACUUACCGCUGCUGGCUUAUCACGUCUGGAGGUAUACGAGCAGACCCGUGAUGAGCUGUCCAGGACUCUAUGACCCGACUACCAUCAUGAAUGCCGACAUCCUGGCCUAUUGUCAAAAAGAAGGCUGGUGCAAACUGGCUUUCUACCUCCUCUCAUUCUUCUACUAUCUCUAUGGAAUGAUCUAUGUUCUGGUGAGCUCUUAAACACGUGGAGGGAAACGGACCGGGCCGCACAGUAGAUGACCAGACACUAUGAUCCGAGUGCUGGAACACUGGACCUGCUGGAGACCACUGAUGAGCAACACGAGCCGUCAUUUCAAGUGGAUGAUCCCCCUCCCCCCCGACAAACACACACACUUAGUACAGUGCAGAGAGUCAUUCUGGAAACUCCUAACCUCUUCAAAGACUAUCUUGGUCGCAGCGUUUCCGUCAAAUCACGACAACUUAAAAAAAAUAAUCUGGAAAUAUGGACAAAUUUCAAUGGACAAGUUCAUCAUUUUCCUCCUUUUCUACAGGUUUUUUUUUUUUUUUUGUGCUUGAGAUUUAAAUAAAAACUGUUUUCCAUCUUUGCUUUCGAGUGUUUACAGAUUAGGAUUUGAGGUUUGUGUGUGUGAAUCUAAACCGUGUUGAUCUGCUUUAGGGCUUGUUUGUUUUUUGUUUUUUUUUACAGCUGAUGUACUCUGACCAGGUAGUUUAUUAUCUCAAAGAUCUUAGCUGCAGACGGUUCAAUCUGUUCAGACUAAAGAUGGACCGAAGGAAUAAAAGACGAGUGUUAUCUUGUAGUGAAACAUCACGCACACGGUCUUAUCAAGUUGGGUUUUUUUUCAAUGAGUUGUUUCAAUAUUUAAAAUCUGCCGAUCCGAUAUUGAGUUGCAUCCAUAGAAAUCCAGAGGGGAUCAUGUGUUUUUUUAUUUUAUUUUCUGUAAAUUUUCCCUUGUAGCUCUGAGUUAAGUGAAAGGCCGACUCGACUGCGAUGUAUUCUACGUUUAUUUUAGAGCUUCAGUAGCAAACUGCUGACGUGCCAUGCUGUUGAAUCGUACCUUUUUGAUCGGUUUUUGGUUGAUUUGAACACAAAUGGUCCACUUUAAGCAUCUCUGGUCUAUUUAUUGUUUUCUGGAUUUUUAUAUAAUUUUCUGUGACAUCAAGCACUCCUGCAAACAUCUUUAGUUCAAUAAAAGUCAUUUAGCUCAAGG